UGAUAAAGGGAGAGCGAGAGCGAGAGGGAGGGGACGCGGAGAAGACGCGGAGAAAGAGGGUGUGGAGAACUCCGUGCUAUUGUUAGGGAUAGAUACCCCUGUUGAUACAAACACGCUUACCAGCGCGAUGGGCGGAUUUCACUAUGAAUGAUGGUCUAUUUGAGGAAAGACUGGUUCAGUUCCUCGAGAUGGAGUUUUUAUUUUGACAAAAAACACAGACCCGCGUCUUGCACCAGACCACUCACUUUCAUUAUGCAGAUUUUCAUGACAUCACAAACAUAUACGAGGGUACCGUUGUAACGCAGCCAUAUGUAGGAGCCUCGGCUUUACACGGCUCGUUUUAAGGAUGCUGAAAUUAUGCUCGCUAUGUGAAACAUCCACAGCGACACCGUGCAACUGCUGUAACGUAGAUUAAUUGUGGAGGAUCUUGUUGCUUCCUCCUUAUGUCACAUGCACUGUGUGUAUUUCUUUUGUGGCGCCGGAGCAGCUGAAGGGAGGCUGGAAACAAAACAAUAGACCGAAAUGCAGAGCUGUUCUUUGUAGCCAGCUAAUAACACGGACGGAAACCCACGACUGGAAAACGAACAGCUGCGACCGGGGAACACAAGAAUAUGGAGGUGAUCGUGCACUGAUUUUGUUACAGACUGGAUUUACUUGGCGUUAAAAUAUCCUCUGAAAUCAACUGGGAGAAAAUAUGAAUUCCGCUGAAGCAGCCGAGGAAGGACCUAACGAUUCAGACACGGACGCGUUUUUCAAAACAGGGUCCUUCAGAAACGACGGGAUUAAGGCGGCCGAUGUUUUGCCUGUGCUGAAAGAGAAAGUGGCCUUCGUGUCAGGAGGGCGUGAUAAAAGAGGUGGACCAAUCUUGACCUUCCCUGCCAGAAGUAACCAUGACAGAAUAAAGCAGGAGGACUUGAGAAGGCUGGUGACCUACUUGUCUACUGUGCCCAGCGAGGACGUUUGCAAGCGAGGAUUUACCGUAAUCAUUGAUAUGCGAGGCUCCAAGUGGGACCUCAUCAAGCCCUUACUGAAGACGCUGCAAGAAGCCUUUCCCGCAGAGAUCUGCGUCGCCCUCAUCAUCAAACCCGACACCUUCUGGCAGAAGCAGAAGACCAACUUUGGCAGCGCCAAGUUCACCUUCGAGACUAGCAUGGUGUCAGUGGAGGGUCUGACGAAGCUAGUGGACCCGUCUCAGCUGACGGACGAUUUCGAGGGCUCCCUGGAGUACAACCACGAGGAGUGGAUGGAGCUGCGCGUCUCCCUGGAGGAGUUCAUCGGCAGCGCGGCGCACCUCCUCUCCCGCCUGGAGGACCUGCAGGAGAUGCUGGCCAAGAAGGAGUUCCCGGCGGACGUGGAGGCCUCGCGGCGGCUCAUCGACGAGCACACGCAGCUGAAGAAGAAGGUGAUGAAGGCCCCGGUGGAGGAGCUGGACCGCGAGGGCCAGCGGCUGCUCCAGUGCAUCCGCGGCUCCGCCGACGGCUUCUCGGGCCGCAACUGCGUCUCGGGCGGCGCCGACUUCCAGAGCGUGGUGCCCAAGAUCGCCAGCCUGCUGGACAAGCUGCACUCCACCCGCCAGCACCUGCACCAGAUGUGGCACGUGCGCAAGCUCAAGCUGGACCAGUGCUUCCAGCUGCGGCUCUACGAGCAGGACGCCGAGAAGAUGUUUGACUGGAUCAGUCACAACAAGGAGCUGUUCCUGCAGAGCCACACCGAGAUUGGCGUCAGCUACCAGCAUGCAGUGGACCUCCAAACACAGCACAAUCACUUUGCCAUGAACUCUAUGAACGCCUACGUGAACAUCAGCCGCAUCAUGUCUGUGGCGACGCGGCUGUCGGAGGCGGGCCACUACGCCUCGCAGCAGAUCAAGCAGAUCUCCGCCCAGCUGGACCAGGAGUGGAAGAGCUUCGCCGCCGCCCUGGACGAGCGCAGCACCAUCCUCGCCAUGUCCGCCGUCUUCCACCAGAAGGCCGAGCAGUUCCUGUCGGGCGUGGAGUCCUGGUGCAAGAUGUGCAGCGAGGGCGGGCUGCCCACGGGGAUGCAGGACCUGGAGCUGGCCAUCCACCACCACCAGACGCUCUACGAGCAGGUGACCCAGGCCUACGCCGAGGUCAGUCAGGAUGGGAAGGCUCUGCUGGAUGUCUUGCAGCGGCCGCUGAGCCCGGGGAACUCGGAGUCGCUCACGGCCACGGCCAACUACUCCAAGGCGGUGCACUGCAUCCUGGACGUGGUGCACGAGGUCCUGCACCACCAGAGGCGGCUGGAGAGCAUCUGGCAGCACCGCAAGGUCCGGCUGCACCAGAGGCUCCAGCUGUGCGUCUUUCAGCAGGACGUCCAGCAGGUGAUGGACUGGAUCGAGAACCACGGGGAGGCCUUCCUCAGCAAGCACACGGGCGUGGGGAAGUCGCUGCACCGCGCGCGGGCGCUGCAGAAACGCCACGACGACUUCGAGGAGGUGGCUCAGAACACCUACACCAACGCCGACAAGCUCCUGGAGGCGGCGGAGCAGCUGGCGCAGACGGGGGAGUGCGACCCGGAGGAGAUCUACAAGGCGGCCCGCCACCUGGAGGUGCGCAUCCAGGACUUCGUCCGGCGCGUGGAGCAGAGGAAGCUCCUGCUGGACAUGUCCGUGUCCUUCCACACCCACACCAAAGAGCUGUGGACCUGGAUGGAGGACCUUCAGAAGGAGCUCCUGGAGGAGGUGUGCUCCGACUCGGUGGACUCCGUGCAGGAGCUCAUCAAGCAGUUCAAGCAGCAGCAGACCGCCACGCUGGAGGCGACGCUCAACGUCAUCAAAGAGGGGGAGGACCUCAUCCAGCAGCUGAGGGACUCGGCCAUGUCCAGCAACAAGAUGCCGCACAACAGCUCUAUCGCCCACAUUGAGGGCGUGCUGCAGCAGCUGGAGGAGGCCCAGGGUCAGAUGGAGGAGCUCUUCCACGAGCGCAAGAUCAAGCUGGACAUCUUCCUGCAGCUACGCAUCUUUGAGCAGUACACCAUCGAGGUGACGGCGGAGCUGGACGCCUGGAACGAGGACCUGCAGCGGCAGACGAGCGACUUCAGCUCGGAGGACCUGGCGCUGGCCGAGCAGAGGCUCCAGCGGCACGCCGAGCGCAAGCUGGCCAUGAACAACAUGACCUUCGAGGUCAUCCAGCAGGGCCAGGACCUGCACCAGUACAUCAUGGAGGUCCAGGCCUCCGGCAUCGAGCUGACGGGGGAGAAGGAGGUGGACCUGGCCACACAGGUGCAGGAGCUGCUGGAGUUUCUCCAUGAGAAACAGCACGAGCUGGACCUGAGCGCAGACCAGACACAGAAACGGCUGGAGCAGUGUCUGCAACUGCGCCACCUACAGGCCGAGGUCAAACAGGUGUUGGGGUGGAUCCGGAACGGGGAGUCCAUGCUCAACGCCAGUCUGGUGAACGCCAGCUCGCUGUCGGAGGCAGAACAGCUGCAGAGGGAGCACGAGCAGUUCCAGCUGGCCAUCGAGUCCCUGUUCCACGCCAACUCUCUGCAGAAGACGCACCAGAGCGCGCUGCAGGUGCAGCAGAAGGCCGAGGUCAUGCUGCAGGCCGGGCACUACGACCCCGACGCCAUCCGGGGCUGUGCCGAGAAGGUGGCGCUGCACUGGCAGCAGCUCAUGCUCAAGAUGGAGGACCGCCUCAAGCUGGUCAACGCCUCCGUGGCCUUCUACAAGACCUCUGAGCAGGUUUGCAGUGUGCUGGAAAGCUUGGAGCAGGAGUACAGGAGGGAUGAGGACUGGUGCGGGGGUCACGACAAGCUGGGCGCCACGGCGGAGACGGACCACGUCAUCCCCCUCAUCAGCAAACACCUGGAGCAGAAAGAGGCCUUCCUCAAGGCCUGCACGCUGGCCAGGAGGAAUGCGGAGGUCUUCCUCAAGUACAUCCACAGGAACAACGUGGGCAUCCCCGGAGCUGCCAGCCACACCCGCGGGCCCGAGCAGCAGGUCAAAGCCAUCCUGAAUGAGCUACUCCAGAGGGAGAACCGGGUGCUGCACUUCUGGACCAUGAAGAAGAGGCGGCUGGACCAGUGCCAGCAGUAUGUGGUGUUUGAGCGCAGCGCCAAGCAGGCCUUAGACUGGAUCCAGGAAACCGGAGAAUAUUACCUCUCGACUCACACGUCCCCUGGGGAGACCAGCGAGAAAACUCAGGAACUGCUCAAGGAGUACGAAGAUUUCCGAGUCUCUGCCAAGCAAACCAAGGAGAAGGUGAAGCUGCUGAUCCAGCUGGCCGACAGCUUCGUGGAGAAAGGGCACGUCCACGUCACCGAGCUGAAGAAGUGGGUCUCCGCCGUGGACAAGCGCUACCGGGACUUCUCCCUGAGGAUGGGGAAGUACCGCUCCGGCCUGGAGAAGUCCCUGGGGAUCUGCUCUGAGGAUAAUAAAGACUUGGAGCUGGAUAUCAUUCCAGCCAGUUUGACUGACCCAGAGGUGAAACUGCGUGACCCCAACCACGAGGUCAACGAAGAGAAGAGGAAAUCUGCCCGGAAGAAAGAGUUCAUAAUGGCUGAACUCCUUCAGACUGAAAAGGCCUAUGUCAGGGACCUGCAGGAAUGCCUGGAGACCUACCUGUGGGAGAUGACGAGCGGGGUGGAGGAGAUCCCGUCGGGGAUCGUCAACAAAGAGCACAUCAUCUUCGGGAACAUCCAGGAGAUUUACGAUUUUCAUAAUAACGUUUUCCUCAAAGAGUUGGUGAAUUACGAACAGCUUCCAGAGGACGUGGGGCACUGUUUUGUCACAUGGGCUGAUAAAUUCCAGAUGUAUGUCACAUACUGUACAAACAAACCGGAUUCAAGCCAGCUGAUCUUGGAGCACGCUGGAAGCUUUUUUGAUGAAAUUCAGCAAAGACACGGCAUGGCCAAUUCAAUCUCAUCCUACCUUAUUAAGCCAGUGCAGAGGAUCACAAAGUACCAGCUCCUGCUUAAGGAGCUGCUGACCUGCUGCGAGGAGGGCAAGGGCGAGAUUAAGGACGGGCUGGAGGUCAUGCUCAGCGUCCCGAAGAGAGCCAAUGAUGCCAUGCAUGUCAGCAUGCUGGAGGGCUUUGAUGAGAACCUGGACGUCCAGGGAGAGCUGAUCCUCCAGGACACGUUCCAGGUGUGGGAUCCCAAGUCCCUGAUCCGGAAAGGGCGGGACCGCCACCUCUUCCUCUUCGAGAUCUCCCUGGUGUUCAGCAAGGAGAUCAAGGACUCGGCGGGCCGCACCAAAUACGUCUACAAGAACAAGCUCCAGGCAUCAGAGCUGGGUGUGACGGAGCACAUAGAAGGGGACCCCUGUAAGUUUGCCCUCUGGGCGGGAAGGACUCCCUCCUCUGACAACAAGACCGUUCUGAAGGCAUCGAAUAUCGAAGUGAAGCAGGAGUGGAUCAAGAACAUCCGUGAGGUGAUCCAGGAGAGGAUUAUUCACCUGAAGGGGGCGCUGAAGGAGCCCAUCCACAUGCCCAAAACUCCAGCAAAGCAGCGCAACAACAGCAAGAGGGACACUGGAGAAGACGCAGACAGUCAGGGUGAUGGCAGCAGCCAACCGGACACCAUUUCAAUCGCCUCCAGAACCUCCCAAAACACGGUGGACAGUGAUAAGCUCUCCGGCGGUUGCGAGCUCACCGUGGUGCUCCAGGACUUCGCGGCGGGCUGCGGCGGCGAGCUCAGCGUCCAGACGGGCCAGACGGUGGAGCUCCUGGAGCGGCCCGGCGACCGCCCCGGCUGGUGCCUGGUGCGCACCACCGACCGGAGCCCCCCCCAGGAGGGCCUGGUUCCCAGCAGCACCCUCUGCAUCUCGCACUCCCGCAGCAGCGUGGAGAUGGAGAGCUUCUUCCCGGCGGGCAAAGAAAACUACUCGUCGAGCGGCCCGGAGGGGAAGUCGGAGUCGGUGGCCACCCUCCAGCCGCAGACCUCCAUGAGCUCCAUCCAGACCAGCUCGCCGGGGCCCAAGCGCUCGGGGAACACGCUUAAGAAGUGGCUGACCAGCCCCCUGCGCCGGCCCAGCCACGGCAAGGCCGACAGCAGCGUGAAGAAGAUCCCCAGCAAGCCCAAGAAGAGGGACGGGCGCAAGAGCAUCGACCUGGGGGUGCCCGGCGAGAACGACGGGGCGGCGCAGGACGAGAGCGCCGACGAGCGGGGUAGAAAAGAAGGCCCUCUGUCGAAAUCAUCGUCCGGAAUGCAGAGCGGAGGGGAGGAGGAGCCGGAAGACGAGUCGCACACGCCCCUCCCUCCCCCCAUGGAGAUCAUCAAGGACCCCUCCGCCCAGGACGAGAAGUCUUCCUCACUGCUUACCGCUCGGCAGGGCUCGGCCGACGUCCCCAGCGCCGCGGAACUUGUCAGUGCGAUAGAAAAAUUGGUCAAAACUAAGAUGACCCUGGAGCCGGGACUGUACCAAAGCAUCAGCGCCGCGAACCCAACAGACCAGCCCGCCGCCCAGCCCAAAAACCCCGAGAUGGAGCAGAAGGCCAAGGCGCUACGUGGACGCAUGUUUGUUCUCAACGAGCUGGUACAGACAGAGAAGGACUACGUGAAGGAUUUGGGCAUUGUAGUAGAGGGGUUUAUGAAGCACAUGGAGGAAAGGGGCGUUCCCGAAGACAUGAAAGGAAAAGACAAGAUUGUCUUUGGGAACAUCCAUCAGAUCUACGACUGGCACAGAGAGUUCUUCCUCGGGGAGCUGGAGAAAUGUCUUCAAGACCACGAGCUGCUCGCGCAGCUUUUCAUAAAACACGAGAGACGGCUGCACAUGUACGUGGUGUACUGUCAGAACAAGCCCAGGUCUGAGUUCAUCGUUGCUGAAUAUGACUCGUACUUUGAGGAGGUGCAGCAAGAGCUAAACUCAAGACUAUCUAUGAGCGACUAUCUCAUUAAGCCAAUCCAGAGAAUAACCAAGUACCAGCUGCUUCUCAAGGACUUCUUGAAGUACAGUUCAAAAGCAGGCCUGGACUGUCAGGAAACUGAGAAAGCAGUUGAUUUAAUGUUCCUGGUCCCGAAGCGAUGCAAUGAUAUGAUGAACUUAGGACGGCUACAAGGCUAUGAGGGCAAGCUGACCAGCCAGGGGAAGCUGCUGCAGCAGGACACCUUCUUCGUCACGGAGCAGGACUCGGGCGUCCUGUCCCGCAGCAAGGAGCGCCGAGUCUUCCUCUUCGAGCAGAUCGUCAUCUUCAGCGAGCUCCUCCGCAAGGGCUCGUCCACGCCCGGCUACCAGUUCAAGAAGAGCAUCAAGGUGAGCUACUUGAGUAUGGACGCAAAUGUGGACAACGACCCCUGCAAGUUUAUCCUCUUCUGCCGCGGCUCGUCGGAGCGAUUCACCCUUCAGGCCGCCAACCAGGACAUCAAGCGCGUCUGGGUCCAGCAAAUCAACGACCUGCUGGACGCCCAGAGCAACUUCCUCUCAGCCCUCCAGUCUCCGAUCGAGUACCAGAAGAAGGAGAGCGGGUCUCACUCUCUGACCCGGAACCCGUCGGGCAGCGGCCGCCCCUCCCAGCCCAACAGCAGGCCCCUCUCUUCCACCUCCGUGGGGGCGGAGAAGCCCCCCAUCUCAGGCCGCUCCCCCACGCCCCUAAAGAUAUCUACCUCUAACGGCAGCCCCUGCUACGAGGCCCACAAGCAGGGUGAGCGCAGCGAGCCUGCCAGGCACGACACAGCUGGAUGUAACGGGAUGUCCUCCACCAUGAUGGUGACCCAGGACUACAGCGCACUGAAGGAGAACGAGAUCUGCGUCAUCCAGGGCGAGCUGGUCCAGAUCCUGGCCACCAACCAGCAGAACAUGUACCUGGUGUACCGGCCCGCCAACAGCAACUCCCCGGCCGCCGAGGGCUGGGUGCCCGGCGACAUCCUGGGGCCCCUAAAUAAAACGCUCUUAGACAAUGCCGACGGGAGCAUCAAGAAAUCUCUCUCGUGGCACACCCUGCGCUCGAGAAAACGAGCAGAGAAGGAAGGCAGUUGCAAAAGUGACGCAAAAGUUGAGAACGGACUGCGUAAGCCCAAGGAGGUUCUGACCGCCAAGGUCUCUGUUAAAGAGUCUAACAGCUCAGAGGAGUCAGAUUGCGAUGAGCUAGACCCCAAAACUAGCAUGGAGUUACUGAAUCCAAAUUUUAUACAAGAAGUGGCCCCAGAGUUCCUGAUCCCUCUUGCCGACGUGACGUGCGCAUUUGGAGAGACUGUGGUCUUGUGUUGCAAAGUCUGCGGCCGUCCGAGGCCGAACAUCACGCUGAAGGGACCGGAUCAAAGCCUAGUCGUCAACAACAGCCGUUUCACCAUAAACAUCAGGGAAACGGGUGAUAUUCUGCUGAAGAUAUGUAACCUGAUGCCCCAGGACACGGGCAUCUACACCUGUGUGGCAAUCAACGACCAUGGAACGGCCUCCUCCUCAGCCUCCAUUAAGGUGCAAGGCAUCCCAGCAGCCCCAGCAAGGCCGGUGGCCCAGGAGGCGAGCAGCACGGCGGUGAUCGUGCAUUGGCUGCCGCCGGCGAGCUCGGGGAACUGCGCCGUGUCCAGCUACACCGUGGAGUACCGGCAGGAAGACUCCCUGGUGUGGCAGCAGUCGGCAGUGGUGACCACAGGGGAUAUGUGUGUGAAAAUCGAGGAGCUCAUUCCAGGCGGGCACUAUCAGUUCCGGGUCAGCGCCAGCAACCCCUGGGGAGUCAGCCCGCCCAGCGAGCCCUCCAACAUGGUGACCUUGCCCAGCGGAAAUUUGUUUGAUGGGACUGGCAUUCAGUGGAAAGACAACUUUGAAGCAACUUUCACAGAAAUCAGUGAGAUCGGAAGGGGCCGGUUCGCCGUGGUGAAGAAGUGCCUGAACAAGGCGUCCAAGAAGGAGGUGGCGGUGAAGUGCAUCGCCAAGAAGAUGCAGAAGAAGGAGCAGGUGGCCCACGAGGCCGACAUCCUCCGCCACGUGCAGCACCCGCAGCUGCUGCAGCUCCUCGACACCUACGAGUCCCCCGCCGCCUUCCUGCUGGUGCUGGAGCUCUUGGAAGACGGGAGGUUGCUGGACUACCUGGUGGCCCAUGAUGAACUGAUGGAAGAGAAGGUGGCCUUUUACGUGAAGGACACUUUGGAGGCCCUCAACCACCUUCAUACUUGUAAAGUAGCACACCUGGACCUAAAGCCUGAGAACCUUCUGGUGAACCUACACGUUCCAGUUCCGUGCGUCAAGCUCAUCGAUUUCGGGGACGCGGUCCAGGUGUCGGGCCACCGCUACGUGCACCUGCUCCUGGGGAACCCGGAGUUCGCUGCCCCGGAGCUGAUCCAGGGCUCGCCGGUGUCCCUGAGCACGGACGUGUGGAGCGUGGGGGUGCUGGCCUACGUCAUGCUGAGCGGAGUCUCGCCCUUCCUGGACGAGAGCCUGGAGGAGACCUGCGUCAACAUCUGCCGGCUGGACUUCUGCUUCCCGGACGACUACUUCCACGGCGUGAGCCAGGCCGCCCGCGACUUCAUCGGCACCGCCCUGCAGGAGGACCCCCGGAAGCGCCCCGGCGCCGCCUCCUGCCUCCAGCACCCCUGGGUGAGCGCCCACGGCGGGGAGUACUCCAAGAGCCCGCUGGACACGGCGCGCCUGGCCUCCUUCAUCGAGAGGAGGAGGCAGCUCAACGACGUGCGCCCCGUCACCAACAUCAAGGGCCUGGUGACCGGCAGCAUGGGCCACACCCUAUGAGGAACAUGCCUGACACGGGCCUUCUCUGGCCCUCUCUCCCACAGUGCGGAGAGUCUGGAGAAAAAAGGGGGGAGAAUCCAUCACUCCGUCUAGACCAGGGGUAGGCGAUGCCUGGUACGGGUUCACUCGUUUUGAGUCUGGAGUUGGUAUGGAAAUGGCAGUCCAUCCAUCCAUUAUCUAACCCCCUUAUUCCUGGUCAGGGUUUGAGGGGGUAGGGGUUUGGGUUUGGGUCUGGGUUGGGGUUGGAGCCUAUCCCAGCAUGCAUUGGGCAGGAGGCAGUCAUACACCCGGGACAGGUUUCCAGUCCAUCGCAGGGCACGCACACCAGUGGUAAGUGGCAGCCACUGUCACCCAUUUGAGCUCGAGGAAGAAGCUUUACUGUGCUAAGUGUCAUUCAGGGCUCAUAAUGCACUUAUCCUUUUAAGGAGGUUACACCUGUAGACGACUCAGGUCCUGGAGCGACACGGCUGUUUCUGCUUUUGUUCCAUCUGAGCUUGAUCGCACAGUCAGAUGGGUUAUUAAGCUUAAUAAUUAAUGCAAUUAUUUAACUGAAGGUUAAAAUGGAGUAGAACCCAGAAAUAUCCAGCUGCCUAUCCCUGGUCUAGACACAUGUUUCUGAUGAAAUUUGUAAGGUACUAGGUGUUAGAUUUUUCUCCCAGUAGCAGAAAGGUUUAUCCAAUGUGCUUUAUUUGAGUCCUUAUUGGGCAAAAUUAAUCACUCCCACAGAACAUCAGGGAAUGAACAUCUGUACACCACCAUGCCUACUGUACUAGUGUACUAGUGGUGAAUCCUUUAAAAGGUCUCCAUUAGAAAUGGAGCUGUAAUACUGCUGUUGGCUUGUGUUGUUCAUUUUGACUGUACUUACGAACACUUUAAAACAUACCCGGUGGAGAAGGAAAUUAUCAGAGGAAAUGCACAUCUAUGUAAGAUUAAACAAUAACGAUCACAGAAUUUGGCCAAUAUAUUUAUAUUUGGUUCAAUGGAACUGAGUGUACCAUUUUGUAUGUAUGGAAUAACCACUUUUGUUUUUAUAAAGAUGUCAAAGACAGAGAUAAAUGAAAGAAUAAUGAAAAGAAAAUUGGGAACAGUUCUCAUCUUAAAUGUCCAAUUCACAGGUGCUGUUCCAAGGGUUUGUUCAGAUAUGUUGCAUUACUUUCAAAUGAAAUGAUCUCAUGUUUAGUAGCUUCUCUGUUCAGGUGAAAUGUAAUCUUUCCACAAAGCAGGUUGGUUCCCAUUCAUUUCUCACACCUAGUCAUUUACUAUGCAGUGGCCUUUAAAAAUAGUCUCUCGACCAAUGAAAAACCUUUAAACUCAUAUAGUAUCACACCCACAUCAAUUUAGCGCACAAAUUAGUGUCAGAAUAAAAGGAGAAAAAAUAAACAAGCCUUAACUGUUAUUUAGUAGACUUUUUUUUUUGAAACCACAAAGGUCCAAGUUGUAUAUAGUUAUUACUUUAUAUGAUAUUUAUUUUUACAGCCUGUGCUUAUUAUUUCUAUUGAUUUGGAAAAUGUAUCGCUACAUUUUUAUGGCAACCAACACAGUGGUGCUUGCUGUGUUUGUCAUAAGUUGGAACACUGAGGUGUUACUGAACCUUAUAUGUUGAUCUCAGAACUAAACACCCAAACUUUGAGCUCCUUCAUAGCGGUGGACUGACCAUAAUGUUCACCUUUCAGGGGCAAUACUCCAUCUGAUCCCAGGACUAAAACGACUGUGAGAAAUUUGCUGUGACUUAACGAUCACUUCUGUUUACAACCGCAGGAACUGAGAUCCUCUCCCGUGAGAGGGAGUGGCUCUGCUUUGCUUCGUCUUUUCAUCUGUGGUGCUUUGCGUAAUUAUAUUGCGGAAGAAUCUCCGAGCCGCCUGACCGUACGCUCCUGAUCGGUACGGAUCUUGUAUUGAUGAAGUCAUCCUGUGUUCAUUUUUUCCUUGGCGUGCCAUUGCUCUUAAAACAAUGACAACUCUCAUUUGGCAGGUGUAUUCAUUAAUACAAUGGGCAGCGUUGUAUUAUCUUGUGAUGAAUUUGCAUGAUUCCUGUGCUCAAAACGUCAGGGCUCAAACAACAGCGAUGCUUCGAGCUAGCAUUUUGCAGGUGGAGGUGGAUGAUCUCACGAUGAACAGAUUUGAUAGAAUAAUGUUUAAUUUCCACAACAUGAUUGACUGUUCUCUGACCACAGUGUGAUGUGACCAUGUUAUUGGGAAAUAUGUACCUGUAUGAAACCAUAUGAAAUCCUGCUUGUGACAUCACUGACCAUCAAGAUUUGAAGCUAUAAUAAAGACAUUUCUUCUAAGAUAAAAUGAGAAAUCAAAGUAGUAAAUGCUUGGUACGGGUUUAUGAUAGUCUGAUAUGAAAUUAGCGGUCAAUAUCUCUCUUUUUAUAUACCCCAUAGAAGAGCUGAAUUGUGCUAGCACAGUGUACAAGAUUAUCAGAUUUGUCAUACAGAUGAAAAAUGCUUUGAUCUACAUUUUUACUCCAUGACAAAGCGUUGAAAGGCUUUUUUGACUGUUUUGAUCUGCCAGGUUGGCUUUGUGGACACACUGUGUAAAAUUUAAAGUAACCACACUAGAGUAAGCUCUCAUGUUCAGACUGUGUUCACUGUUCUAAGAGUCUAUACUGGUGUGAAUAGUAUUUUGAGGUAAUUUAGCAUUUCACUAGGAACAUGACUGUUAGCUGACAAGAAGAGAGUGAGGUAUUGGUCUUGAUUCUUGUUCAAGAACCAACUAUGUAAUGCGGGCCUUUUGCAAGCAGGAUGACAGGUAUUGUGCUGUUACAACACUUCAUCUAUGGUGUUAAUGCUCUCAACCAUUUCAGUGUGUACAUUCAAUAGCAGACUAACCAUGAUGCUACUAACUGCUGGUGCAUUGCUUCAGUCUAAUGAGUUACUUAAUUGCUGAAACAGCUGGAUUUUUUUGCUUAACUGUCAUUUUGCCAGAAUGGUAUUAUUGGCAUUUGAAAUGAAAUUAUUUAAAUGAAAAUGUUAAGUAUUAUUGUAUAUGCAUUGUUCACUGCAACAGCAUGCACCAUGUACUUUGCAUCAUUUCAUGUAGUAUGGUACUCUGUACAUAAAUCUGUCUAUAAGAUUUGAAAUCAAAUCUAAAAAUGCUUUCUUAGACCACAUGGGCUGUCUGUUUGUUACUGAAUGUUUAAUAAAAAAAGUGCUUGUUUCUAUAAUAAA